AUGUGGACGCAGUUCUGGGGAAAAAUUUUUGGCGAGCCGCGCCCCGAACCAAGUCAGGCCACCAAAAGCACGAACAGCUUCCGCAAAUGCGCGGAAAGGCUGGAGCAAGAACCGCGGCAACAGUGGUGCCAGGGGCUUGACGCCGUCCCAAGUGAAGCGGAGAUUUGUGAUGCGUUGCGGGGUCUUAAGGCCGGCAAGUCCUUCGCUGGGGUAGCACCUGUA